UAAAAAAAUAAAUGUAAAACAAAACAAAUACUACUCCCCAGCAGCAGUUCACUAAUCCGCUCGUGUGUGAAUAUUCAACAAACAAAAAACACUCGUAGUUUGUGUGUAAUUAUUGCUCUCGAACUUCUAUCUACUACAUCUUCCUUCGAACACUGGUGAUUAAUCAACCUCUGUUGUUCUUGUGUCAGAGCCAUGCCUGAGGAGAUAACAUCUGAGAGACUCUUGCAUAAUGUCAUGGGCACACUUGCAGAUGGUCUUUCAAGACAGAAAUCUGGGUCUUUUUUUGAGGAGGAGGUUUCAAAGUCAGUCUCUUCUCAAUUCAACAAACUCUUUGGGCGCCAGAAACCCGUUCACCAUGUUUUGGGGGGUGGAAAACCUGCUGAUUGUAUGUUGUGGAGGAACAAGAAGAUCUCGGCAAGUGUUUUAACCAGUGCUACUGUAGUCUGGGUGCUCUUUGAAUGGCUCAAUUACAAUUUUCUUUCUCUCUUAUGUUUUGCCCUGGUUAUUGGUAUGGUUGCUCAGUUUCUUUUGUCAAAUGCAUCAGGUCUCUUGAACAGAUCUCCGUCUGAAGUUCCUCGUUUGGUUCUGCCUGAAGAUGUAUUUGUCAACAUCGGCUCCUUUGUAGGCUCCGAGGUCAACGUUGGAUUGGGAUUCCUUCAAAAUGUUGCUUGCAGAGGAGAUAUUAGGCAAUUUCUUGGGGUUGUAGGAAGUUUGUUUGUUGCUGCCAUUAUUGGAAGCUGGUGCAAUUUCCUCACUGUUCUGUAUAUUGGUUUUGUUGCUGCCCACACCCUACCAGUUCUAUAUGAGAGAUAUGAUGACCAAAUUGAUAACUUCAUUUACAAGGUGCUGGGGCAGCUACAGCAUAAUUACCGUAAACUAGAUGCUCGUGUGCUCAGUAAGGUGCCUACAAGGAGAUUCACUAGGAAGAAGUCUAUGUAGAUUUCAUUGAGCCUAUAUUUGUAUGGCUAUUUUGAUUGCUGAAGCAGCAAAAACUCGAAUGUUCUGCAUAACCAGUUUCCCUGAUACAUUAUGCAGUCAUUUAAAUUUGUCAGGAUGGCAUUCUUCAAGACCCAGACCCAUAUGUAAGUCGAUGACAUUAAUGUUAGACUCUCCUUUAGGGAUCUGCAUCUGCAUCCUACAAGUGAUUUUCUCGUCUGGCAAUUUCAUAAUAGUACUUUUAUCCUUUCUA